UCACAUUCUCUUUCAUUUCCUAUUUUUCAAACAAAUUUCCUCUCUUUCUCUCUCCUCUCUUUCAGUUCAUUUUACUCUGUUUUCUUUCUGUUUUUGCAUUCUCUCUCUAAAACAAAAUUAAUGGGUUCUGAAACUAGAAACAAUAUUCUUGUUACUGGAGGUGCUGGAUUCAUUGGUACUCAUUGUGUUCUUGUAUUACUUAAAGAAGGAUUUCGAGUAAUUAUCAUUGAUAAUCUCGAUAAUUCUGUUGAAGAAGCUGUUAAUCGUGUCAGAGAGUUAGUGGGUCCAGAUUUAUCAAAAAACCUCGAAUUUCAUUUGGGUGAUCUCAGGAAUAAAGAUGAUGUUGAGAAGCUUUUUUCUGACAACAUAUUUGAUGCUGUGAUUCACUUUGCUGGACUGAAGGCUGUGGGUGAAAGUGUUGCUCAUCCAUUUCGCUAUUUUGAUAAUAAUUUGAUUGGAUCAAUCAAUUUGUACCAAACUAUGGCCAAAUUCAACUGUAAGAAGUUGGUCUUUUCAUCAUCAGCUACUGUUUACGGCCAGCCAGAGAAAAUUCCAUGUGUAGAAGAUUUUGCAUUGAAGGCUAUGAAUCCAUAUGGUCGCACUAAGUUGUUCCUUGAGGAAAUUGCCCGAGACAUAUCGAGUGCAGACAAAGAAUGGAACAUAAUUCUGCUGAGGUACUUCAAUCCUGUUGGGGCUCAUGAGAGUGGUAAACUUGGUGAAGAUCCUAAGGGUAUCCCAAACAACCUUAUGCCCUACAUACAACAGGUUGCUGUCGGGAGAUUACCUGAGCUCAAUGUCUAUGGCACUGACUAUCCUACAAGGGAUGGUACAGCGAUUCGAGAUUACAUCCAUGUGAUGGACUUAGCUGAUGGUCAUGUUGCUGCUUUAAGGAAGUUGUUUGCUUCACAGAAUAUAGGUUGCGAUGCCAUUAAUUUGGGGACUGGCCAUGGUGCUUCAGUGCUUGAAAUGGUAGCGGCUUUUGAGAAGGCAUCUGGAAAGAAAAUCCCACUUAAAAUGUGCCCUAGAAGACCAGGAGAUGCAACUGAAGUUUAUGCCUCAACAGAGAAAGCUGCAAAAGAACUUGGCUGGAAGGCGAAAUACGAUAUAAAUGAUAUGUGCAGGGAUCAAUGGAAGUGGGCAAGCAGCAAUCCAUGGGGUUAUCAGGAAAAACCUUAAUGAUCUGGUUCAAGAGUUCCAAAAAGCAAUACCUGAGGAUGAGGACCAAAUAUUUUUCAAGUGUUGAAAGUGUUCAUUUUGAAAAAGUUUCUUAAGUUGCAACAGCAAUGUUGGUCAGUCUAUUUAAUAGUUGUUUCUAAGUUUCCAUGAUAUAGUAAUACUGCUGUAGAUAAACUUGGUUGUUGGCGCUGAGUCAUACUAAAUGAGAAAAUGAGAUGUUAACAGAAAUGUGCUACUCCUAUUUAAAGUUAGAAAAUGAUAUACUCCUAUGUAGUAUAUCUUGUCAAA